AUGCGACCGACAACCAGGAUCAACAAUACUCGCAUCAGAAGGUAUCACGAGAUUCGCGAGGGCAACCCUGGGGCCGGAUAUGGCCACCCUGGACUGCCAGUACAAUUCAGUACGAACGUGGGUCUCUAUGUCGCAAAUGACCUCAGCGGCUUCUACCCUCCUCACCCGAUCGAGUCCCAGGCUUUCCACCGCAGCUACUCGGCCCCGGAUUACGACAGUCUCAUUGGACAUCCCCACGCUGGUUUUGUUGGUCAUUCCGACGAUGGUCUCAUUGGACAUCCUCAUGCCCAUGGAGGUUACUACCCCCAGUUCAAUCUCCAUAGUCGGUCUGCUACACCUCACGCGCCAUCUCCGCUGGGGCUUUUUGGACAGUACGGGCUACGCCCUAACGCGAUUCCUUUUGACCCGUCGUCGCCACUUGUGGAUCUGUCAUCGGCGCCAUCGCCUUCCAAUUCAGCCUUUUCGACAUUCACUGGCGGAGCCUUGUGCCUAGAGGAUUGUGACCACGAUUGCCCGUUUGCCGACCCUUAUCUUCCCGGAUGGUUAGAGCGCAAGGGCAAUGAGAAAGACUCGUCUCUCGAGUUUUUGCGCGAAGGUGGAGAAGGUCCCUCAAUCAUGCAGACGGGAUGGUUGGAGAGAAUGGCCAGGAAGAGAGAUGCAUGCCAAGCAGCAGCAAGCAUCAGUUGGACGGACACCACUUCUUCCAUGGGAAGUGGUCAUACGGUCUGGGAAGACCUUCGUCUCGUGGGCCUGAGGGGUGGGGAGCUGUCAGGUUUCGGGGACCUCAGUGAUUAUGUGGAGAGCCCGAGCGACGCACUCUCGAGGUCUACGACCCUCGCUCCCUCAGACCAGCAGUCCUCAACAUCAUGGUUUUUCCCCCGCGGUAUUUCCAACGAUAGUGGCUCAAUUUCCCGGUCUUCGACACCGAGUAUUCGUCGCCAGCAUCUGUCAUCCUCCCAACAUCAUGCCAUCCCUUCCGGCGCCCAAUCUGAUACUUGCCGUCAGAAUCAGAUCACAGAGUCUCCUCGUCCUUUCAACCGAUUGGUCCAACCUCUCGAUGGUAAUUCAUCUGAACAAGUUCGCGAGGCAUUCAAGCGUGCCCAAGACGCAAAAAGAACAGUGGAACCAACAGACAGUCCCUGCAGUUCAACGAAUAACAGUCAGCAAAGCGCUUGGUCUGUCGAAGAUAUGGCUGAGGAUGUUCCACCCGGUGACAGCUGCUCUGUCUUCAUUUUCGACCUUCCGAAGGAUGUCACCCUCUCCAAAUUACUUGGAAGCAUUAGAGGCUAUGGUCGUGUUCGCUACUCAAAGAACUGCAGUUCUGGGGCUCUGGUUGUCUUUUUUGAGCGGGAAGCUGCGCAGAGGCUUGCCCAAGAGGGCCACCUCAUGGUUGGCGGGGUGCAGGGCAACAUUCGAUUAGCGAAAUGUCGAAUUGCACAGAGCACAUUGCCGAGCGAGUUUUCAAGGGUUCUCGUUAUCACAGGCCUCACGGGUGGUUUGAGCGUUGCGUUCUUGAAGGAGUGCUUCGAGAUGAAGAACAUCCGGUAUGAACUCGACAAGAUAGCGAGGGUGUCGUCAGGCGAUAUGUCUGCCCUUGAGUUUCAUUUCGCCUCUCACUCGCAGGCUGCGAAGGUGAAGGAAAUGAUCGCGACCGACCCCUACUUUCGCAAGAAGGGGACAAAUGCGACUUAUGGGAUUGACCCAUGCGCCGAGCCAUCCGUGGUUGGCUCCCAGGAAGAGUAG